GCAGCGACCGAAAUUAUCCUGCAACCCAGACAUUAAAAUAACAACUCACCGAGCGCCGAGUGCUUUUCUGCUGAAUACGGAGUUCAGGCUGAUGAAGUUAUCAGUAUUUUAAAUGAGAGCGGUGCAGCGUUUGUGCCGGAGCUCACCUCCCUAAGGAAGUGGUACAGUCCCGUUAGACGCAGUCAGAGUCCGGUCUGCAGCAGCCGCAGUCAGCGGAAAACGACAUGACUAACAAACGGUUAAACUGCUCUUUACUAUAAAAAAAGGACAAUAUAAUGAACUUUUACCGGCUGGCUAUUUUUCUGGGAGCCUCAGCGUGUGUAUGUGAUGGCGUGCAUGUCACAGUGCGGGAGCAAAAGCAGUAUGCAAUCCUCUUCCAGUCUGUGGUCCUCCCAUGUCAGUACCAAACAUCCUCCAUUAAGCCCCCGGUGGUGCAGUGGUGGUACAAGUCCUACUGUCGAGACCGCACUCAGGAGUCCUUCACCCUGUCGGAGAAACUGGGCAUCAAGGCCUCGGCGCUGGGACCCAAGUCCCACCUGGAGUGCUCCGACAGCACCCGCACAGUUCGGGUAGUGGCGUCAGCGCAGGGAGCCUCCAUGACGCUGGCCGAGCACUACAAAGGACGAGACAUCACCAUCAUAAACAAAGCAGACCUGCGUAUUGGGGAGCUGCAGUGGGGCGACAGUGGGGUGUAUUUCUGCAAAGUUGUGAUUGCUGAUGAUCUGGAGGGGAAGAAUGAGGACCACUUGGAAUUAUUGGUGCUCGGCAGGACAGGUGAGCAGCAAGAUCUACUCCCUGAGUUUGAUCUGGAGAUUAUGCCAGAAUGGGCAUUUGUGGGAGCCGUAGCUCUGGGCAGCAUCUUGUUCCUGCUGUUGUUGGGGAUCUGCUGGUGCCAGUGUUGCCCUCACUCCUGCUGCUGCUACGUCCGCUGCUGCUGCUGUCCCGACACCUGCUGCUGCCCACGACACUUGUAUGAAGCGGGGAAGAUGGCAAAGAGCGGACAGCCUGCUGCUCCGGUUCCCGUGUAUCCCUACUAUAUUCCUGGUGUACCUACUGUGGUCCCUGUUGCCUCUUCCUCUUACACAGACCCAAAGAUCCCCUCGGUGGAGAGUAACCUGGCUGGAGUGCGCAGUGGUUACCGACUCAAAGCCAGUCCAGACCAAGACUCACUGAAAUUUCUGUACUACAUAGAGAAGGAGCUGGCUCAGUUUCCACGCAGCGAGAUGGCAGCAUUCAAACUAGCCAGCAGCUUAUCAGAGCUGAGCUCGCUUCAUGAUGGAGGUAAUACAGACUUCAGGAACACCUAUCAGACGGUCCAGAUGAAGGCACUUCCACCCAUCGCAGACCUCGAUGACCAGUCGGUCCUGAGAGCAGCUCCACCGGCACAAAGUCGACGGCCCAGACGAGACAGGGGCAACCACUCAGACGAUGAACUGGACCGCAGGUGGAACUCCCGAUCAGAGCACCUUCAGAGAAAGACACUGGGCAGAAGAGGGCGGACGGGCUCUCUGGAUGAGCUGGAGGAAUUCGCUCAGUCUUACAGCGCACAUGGACGUCAGGGAGCUCCUUUAGACCGGCCCUAUGAGCAGGAUUACAGUCCUCCCAGGCGCUCCUACAGAGAUGAAGAUGAUCGGUGGGGCCGCCGCAGCCCGUCACCGGUACCGCAAAAAAGAAGAGACACGUGGGACAGUGACCGCCCGUCUCGACUGCCCCAAAGCAGAGCCUAUGAUGACGCCUUCCUCAAGAGUGUGCUGGAGAGUAAGGCGAGGGGCCGGGGAAGGGUCAGAGGUGCUGGGAGGAUGGAUGAGGACAGUGACACUCCCUCUAAAGGCAGCUCCAGAGGAAAGGGCAGCGAUAGUUAUUACAGCCGUUCACCUAGCAACCGCCCAGAAGAUGAGGACUCUUUGCCUCCAUACUCUGAGCUCGAGGCGGAGCGGUACCGCAGGGCUGACCAAACCACAGACCGGUACCGCACAGCAGAUCCUCCCAGAUCAGAGAGAUCCAGGACCAUAGAACCAGCCAUGAAGCCCUUCUCUUAUACCCACCCCAACCACGGAGUGUCCCAGACACUGCAGGGGGGCAGAGAGGAGAGAGAAAGGAGCCGGAAUCUGAGCACUGCACUGAGCAGGGAUUCUCUCAUAGUGUGACGGGGCUUCCAGCCUCGACGCAGCACUGCACUGCCAGUCUGUUCAUUAAAACUGUCCUCUGCAGCUAUGCAGGAGAAGCUCACUGUUACAGCACCAGCCACAGCAAGUCUGGCUCAUCUCACUGAAAUAACAUCACUGAAAAGCAACAGUAGUGAAUCCUGAGGAAAAAAUGUAUUUUAAUUGUGUCAUGUUAUAAUAUUUUUGUUUUUGUACAUGUGUGUUUUAUUUGCUUGUGUAUUUUGUAUUUUCAUGAGUUGUGUAACUGGACUCACACCGGUGCAGAGGAGGAUUUUUUAUUUUUUUUUAAUUAUUUGAAAAUUUCAGAAAAACUUUUGUUAAACACCGAGCAGCCUUCAGCCGUCAUACUUGUCAGAUACUCUGUAACUCAGGUUUACUUUGUAUUUUUGCCUUUGUCUGUUGUUACAUGUGUUCCUGGAAAUACUGCGCCUUGAAUUUGUUCUGCAGAUUGUAACUGCUUAAUGACUUUUUGAAUAAAUAAAACUCUGCUGAAGUCUCCUCUCUCAUACAGGAACAUAGAACUAACAGUCACUUCCCUGCUUUAUAUUGAUCAAUCAUUUUAUCCUUUGAGAAUUUGAAAGGAGAAUCUGCUACUUGUAAUAAACGGGCAUCAGAUUUUAUUAUUUUAAAUUUCUAAUCUUUUUGUUUAGGUUUAUAAUUGUUUGUUUGUUUGUUUACCACCAAUCCCAAACAGAUAGGAGAAUUUAAUAUUUGUGCGUAAUCUAGCGAUCAGCGGCCGGCACUGUUGCCAACUUUUGUGUAACAAAACUCGCUGUUGGCUGUCUCAAAAGUUGCCCUUUUAUUAACAAUUAAAUG